AUGGGCCGGUGCGCUCAGGACAGGGUAUCGCCUAUAUUUAUACCGGGAAAUGCGAGACCAGUGGCACGGGUCGGCCCCCAAAUACUGGGCGAUAUGAUUCAGUUCCGACAGGAGCUCAUGUACCCGUACAACCUGAGCGACUUCACGGAGAUUACAUCAGCCAAACCCCUACACGACCAGCCCCUGCCAUUCCGACUGCCAUUCUUUGGCUUCUGGGACGGCUACCUGGCCUUCAAUAAGGGUUUACUGUCGUACAAGUUUCCCGUGAAGUUCCCGUUCGUACCCAAUGAUAACUUCAUGGAGGAGGACCCCUCGAUGAUCGCCCCCUGGUUUGCACAGCAGGACAUACCUACGGAAGUGCCGCACGCGGGCGUCUACUUAAAGAUCGUAAACCUCGAGUCAGAGCUCAAUAUCACGUUAAGAGAUCGCAUAUACUAUGACUUCCGGGAGGGUAUGAUCGGUGCCUUCGAUUUCAAGCCCAAGUUUGCACUGAUAAUCACAUGGCGGAACAUGACCAUGGUCAAUAGGCGACCUGAGAUGCCACUUGUGACAAACACAUACCAGUGCAUGUUGGCCACGGAUGAGAUCCGGACGUACGCUAUGUUUAAUUACGAACAAAUCCAGUGGAUUACCCAUCAGGACAACUACGAGGGUCUCAAGGGGUCGGCAGCUUAUGUGGGUUUCAACGCUGGCAACACUACCCGUACCUAUGAGUUCAGGCCGUACUCGCAAAACCGUCGCAUAUUAUACCUGACCACCCGGGGCUGGGGUAACGGUCUAAGAGGGCGUUAUUUUUUCCAGAUCAACGAGGUGUGGCCGGGCGCCUGUAUCGAGAAGGACUUGGACCGUAACUUACCCGAUCGACUACCCCUUACAUUUUUCCCGCGUGUAGGCGCUAUGUUAGGCGGCACCCUGGUCAACUUCACCGGCCCCUGUCUACAGCCCACGAGUAUAAUAACGUGUAAAUUUGAGAACUGGCAAACACCAGGCAUAUACAGGGACUUCAAUCACGCGACCUAUGAUAGAACCCUGUUCCUGGGCAGAUAUUACAAACAGCCCCCGGACAUCGCCGACGACGACAUCGUGGUCUUAGAAAACGCCGACCGACUGGAAGAGCCGCUGAGUCUGGAUAUCAAGUGGAAG